AUAUCUUUUCGUUUAAUGAAUGAUUAAACAUUCUCCUUUGGAAUCUGUACGUACAUGUCGGUAUCCAGAUAUACUGGAGCCCAAUUCAUACCAUUUCCUCAAAAGACAAACUUGCAGAAGUGUAUAGUACCUUGAAUUGCCAUAUGUGACAGGCCUCCAGAUUAGCUAAAUGUCCACAAAAGAACGAGGAUACGUAGACAUUGACUAAGAAAUGCUGAACGAACCAGGUCAUCUGUAAAGAAAACACUAUGUCAACUAUGGAUCCACCAUUUGCGUAAUGACAAGUUGAGGUUCGAGACAUUUGUAUGAAGAAACGUACGUGUACCGUCUGCCUGGUCUGCGACUCGACUGAACGUCACGCAAGGAUUGUUGUUGUUAAAGACUGACAUUUACGAUAUCAGCAAGUAAUUACUUUAUUCAUAAAAGCAACAAUGUGGUUAGGGUAGCCAUUCCCUUCAAAUGAUAUAGGCAACAAAAGUAUAUAAAAAAAAAAAAAAAAAAAAGACCACCAAAAAACACACCUGACAAUCCUCUUCCAUUUUCUAGAAAAUAUAUUUUUCUCUCUGAAAUUAACGCUCCCCUUAAAGGUCAACUGAAACGAUUUUCGAAGUUCGUUUUUCUUAUAAAUUUAGUAAGAAAAUACCAUUCCUUAAUUUUUUUUCAUACAAAUAAUUUUUGUUUCGAUCACCAGGUAGAUACGACAUCGUUAAUUUCAACCCGGAAAAUUUUAUUGUAUGAGUUAUCUGCCCUUUAGGCGAACCUGAAAUUUCAAUAUGGCGGCACGAUAUGAAAGUGAUUCCGACGAUAGUAUUCCUGAGAUAGAUAUAUCACUUAGAGUUAAUGUACAGCCCUACCAGUACGAACCAGUUGUACUGUGCGACUCAUCCCCACUACCGGAAAAUGAUAGUGAGUCAGAAAUCAGCGAGGAUCAAUCGGACGAAUGCCCUUCACCAUCUGAUAUGCAAUGGUGCUUGUGUGGUAAUUGCAUCGCAAUGCCCACAAGAAGGGAGUCUAAAUGUUGCCAUGCAUUUAGUACGAUUGUACCGAGGCUUGAAGAAAUGGGCGUGUCCUGCAUCACGGAUCACGGGGGUUUUGUGGCAAACUGUCUCAACAGAUGGGUUUUGGAAACGUUAUAUUACGAGUACUUUCAAGAUAAUGGUCCCUUGGAGGAGGGGGAAUUGAUUCACAGAGUUUACAGACAUCUAGCGUACAGAAGAUUCGUUCGUUGGAUCUGGCAACGGCUUGAGAAAAAAAAACAACCGGAAAGUUUUUUCAUCCUGUGUUGUGACUAAGAUUAGAAAUUGUUUUCCAUCACAACAGUACUGUGGGUUUAAAUACCCUUCUUAAUUUAUAUAUGUGAUACAUUUUUCAUAAUUGAUAAAAAUACAUAUCAACAACAU